UCGAGUCUAAGCACUUUUUCCAUCUAUUUAUACAUCUCUAGAUCAAAUUUAACAACUUGAUAUCUGCUGCUUCUUCUUCUUCUUCUUCAAUAAUUGUUUGGAAUCGGCGGCGACAUGGAAUCAAGUAUGUUGAUCAAUCAACGCAUAUCCAGAAUCGCCGCUCAUCUUAAUCCUCCAAAUCUCCAGAAGAUGGAAGAGAGUUCUGGAUUGGGUCGAGUUUUCUGCAGGGCAAAAGGUGCUGCUCCUGGUUUCAAGGUGGCGAUUUUGGGUGCUGCUGGAGGAAUUGGGCAAUCAUUGUCUUUGUUAAUGAAGAUAAAUCCAUUGGUUUCUGUUCUUCACCUCUAUGAUGUUGUUAAUGUUCCUGGUGUAACUUCAGAUAUAAGUCACAUGGACACUAGUGCUGUGGUUCGUGGUUUUUUAGGACAAGCACAAUUGGAAGAUGCUCUGACGGGUAUGGAUCUGGUCAUUAUUCCUGCUGGAGUUCCUAGGAAACCAGGAAUGACAAGGGAUGAUUUGUUUAACAUAAAUGCUGGAAUUGUUAAGACUCUUUGUGAAGGAAUCGCCAAGUGCUGCCCGCGAGCCAUAGUUAAUGUGAUCAGUAAUCCUGUAAACUCAACUGUUCCUAUUGCUGCCGAGGUUUUCAAGAAAGCUGGCACAUAUGAUCCUAAACGACUACUUGGAGUAACCAUGCUUGAUGUAGUCAGAGCCAAUACUUUUGUGGCAGAAGUGUUAGGACUUGAUCCCAGGGAUGUUAAUGUGCCAGUUGUAGGAGGUCAUGCUGGAAUUACAAUUUUGCCUCUUCUCUCUCAGGUUAAGCCUCCAUGUUCUUUUACUCAAUCAGAGAUUGAAUACUUGACCAACCGUAUACAAAACGGUGGAACUGAAGUUGUAGAGGCAAAAGCUGGGGCUGGAUCGGCUACAUUAUCAAUGGCAUAUGCUGCUGCUAAGUUUGGUGAUGCAUGCUUAAGGGGGUUGAGAGGCGAUGCGAGUGUGGUUGAAUGUGCUUUCGUAGAUUCUCAGGUGACUGAGCUUUCUUUCUUUGCGUCGAAAGUAAGGCUUGGGAGGAAUGGAAUUGAUGAGAUAUACUCUCUCGGACCGUUGAAUGAUUACGAAAGGGCCGGCUUGGAGAAGGUGAAGAAAGAGUUAGAGGGAAGCAUUCAGAAAGGAGUUUCUUUUAUUAGGAAAUGAAAUCCCCCCCCUUCCAAAAUAGCAGCAUUUGGUUGGAUUUUAGUAAUUGUUUGUUUUUUAGUGUUUGAAGAUCACUUUGGGUGAAUGGGAAUAAAAUGUUGUGUGUCAGUUUAUGAAAUGAAAUAAAAUUUCCAAAAGAGGUUGAGACAAGA